AUGGCGCCGGAGAAGGGCAAGUUCCCGUCGGCGGCGGACCGCUACAAGAUCGUCAACGCCAUCGGCGCCGACGACCUGCGGAAGAAGGAGCUGCAGGAGCGGAAGGAGCGCGAGCGCGACGCGCUGCUCGAGCGGCUCCGCGAGGAGCGCGCGAACCCGACGCCCGUCGAGGAGGCGCCGGCGGAGCGGCCGAAGCAGGUCUACCUCGCCUACAAGCAGAACGGCGGCGACGCCGACGACGGCAGCCGGCUCACGAUCAAGCUCACGAUCCCGCCGGCGUGGCUCGACAAGCCCUGCGCCAAGCUCGCGCGCGUCAAGGCCUUCGCGAAGAGCUACAACGCGAACCCGAAGCGCGACGCCAUCGACCCCAUGGCCGCGCACCUCGCGGGCGCCGGCCGGCGCGGGAAACGAGCGCGACGCGCCGACGGCGUCCUCUUCGCGCCGCGGGAGCUGAUCCGGGACGUCGUCGGCGUCGACAUGGAGACGCUCUUCGUCGUCGACCCGACGAAGCUCGACUCGCGGUCGACGAUCAAGGCCGUGAGCCUGCACUACAAGGUCGAGAUCGAGCGCGGCCGCGGCGUCCUUUGUUUCCCCCCCCGAGGACCGUCCGGCGUCGUCGUCAAGUCGAGCCCCCUCGCGGCGAACCGCGACGGCUCCAAGCCCUUCACCUUCGGCGUCAAGGGCAAGUGGUGCUGCGUCGAGGUCGAGGUCGUCAAGGACAGGUGGCUGAAGCUGAGUCGGAACGAGGUGCUGAGCUACAAGGGCACGCACACGUACGAGGCCAUCGCCGAGGCGCGCGGCGGCGAGGAGUUCGUCGAGUGCUGGAUGCCCGCGGCGCACCUCAAGCCCGUCAUCGUGAACCCGCUCGUCGACGACAACGCGUCCCUCGUGCCCGUCGCGGAGGCGAGGGCUCGUAAAUCGCGGUCUGGACAGUGGUCUGGAGCUGGAUCCGGCCCAGCGCCCGCGGCCGCAGCAGUUGGAUCCGGCCCAGCGCCCGCGGCCGCACGUGGAUCCGGUCCAGCGCCGGCCGCCGCAGCGAUGAGCCGCAUCGGCGGCAAGUCGCCGGCGAGCCUGUCCGGCGCGCUGCGGCGGCAGCAGCCCGCGGCGCCGACCUGGUCGCCGGCGCGCCUCGCGUCCGUGCUGCAGCGCUGGCGGUCGCGCGACGGCGAGGCGAGCCCGCUGCUCCAGUCGCCGCGGUCCCGCGCGCGGUCCUUCGACGCCGUCGCGUCGCCGGACGCGCGCGCGUCGCCCGCGUCGCUGCGAAAACUCGUCGCGGCCGCAAAGCCCGGCGCGGGCGCCGCGGCGCGCGACGGCGCGCGCGCCGCGCGCGAGGGGCGCCUGCGCUUCGGCCUCUACGCGCAGUACUUCGCCGUGGGCGUCGUCUACGGCGGCCUGCCGUCGACGAUGUACGGCUUCUUCCUCGGCUACCUCAACGUCGAGGCCUACGUCUACGCGACGGCGUCGACGAUCGUCGCGCUGCCCUGGUCCUUCAAGUUUCUGUUCGGCGCCGUCAACGACUGCGUGCCCAUCGGCGGCGAGCGGCGGCGGCCCUACAUCGUCUUAGGCUGGGUCGUCUGCGCGCUGAGCCUCUGGGCGCUGGCCGCGACGCCGCUGCCCGAGCCCUACUGGUGCGUCGGCGACGGCGCCUACGUCACGGAAAUCGCGACGGCGCGGGGCGUCAAGGCCGCCGAGCCCUGCAACCCGGCGGCGGCGGUCGCGGGCGCGCCCUUCGCGUUCUGGAUGAUGGUCGCGAGCUUCGGCUACUGCGUCUCCGACGUCGCCGCGGACGGCCUCACGGUGACGCUCGCGCGGCGCGAGUCCCCGGAGCGCCGGGGCCACACGCAGACGUCGGUGUACCUCGUGCGGAGCGUGGGCAACAUCGCGGCCGUCGCCUUCGUCGGCCUGGCGAUGAACGGCUGGAUGUACAACGGGUCCUUCGACCGGGGGCUGUCGCUCAACGGCGUCGCCGCGGCGUUCGCGGCCGUCGCGACGGCGAUGGUGCCCGUGUCCUUUUGCUACGUCCGCGAGCCGCGGGCGGAGCCGCGCGCGCUGCCCGUGGAGGCGACGCCGAACCUGACGGCGCGCGUCAAGGCGACGGUGACCUUUUCGCAGUACCGCCGGUCCGUCUGGAGCCUGCUGCGGUCCAAGGCCAUGUUCUACUGCGUGCUCUACCAGUUCCUGACGCCGCUCGUCGGGUCCAUCUUCACGACGGCGGGGCCCGAGGUCAAGCAGGAGUGGGCGGGCGUCAAGGCGCUCCAGAACGCGACGUUCUCGCUCGUGGGGCUCGUGCUGUUCACGUUCGGCCUCCUGCUCGUGAAGCGGCGCCUGCUGCACAAGAGCUGGCGGUGCAUGGUGCUCGUGACGUCCGUGUUCCUGAACGUCGUCGACAUGCCGUUCUCCUUCUGCACGAUCUACGGCGUCGUGCGGAACCAGUACUUCUACCUCGGCGAGGCCGUGCUCACGGAGAUCCCCGCGGCAAUCAACUUCGUCGUGUCCACGUUCGUCAUCGUCGAGAUGGCCGACGGCGGCGACGAGGGCAUCGUCUACGGGCUCCUGACGACGACGUACAACAUCGGCACGCCCUUCGCGCAGGCCAUCUCGAACCAGCUCUUCGGCCUCUUCACGCCGUCGCUGUCGCUCCGGGACAACUACGUCGAGGACUCGGCCCGCUUCCGCGACGUCGUCGCGCUGUCGUUCGUCGUGAGCUACGGGUUCACGUUCCUCUCGUGCCUCACGCUGCCGCUGCUGCCGGACCAGAAGGCCGAGGCGCAGGAGCGCAAGGCGACCUGGGAGCGGCGGGACCGCUACGCCUGGUUCUCCGUCAUCCUCGUGGCCGUGGGCAUCGUCUACUCGCGCCUGCUGGGCCUCGCCGUCGCGCGGGUCGCGGCCGAGUGGUGCGGCGCGGGCGACCAGCUCGGCGACGGCUGGUGCGCGACGACGGACGCGGCGCUGCGCCGGCCCUUCGAGCGGCCCAUGCCCCGGGGCUCGCCCAACUGGACGGCGGCCGAGCGCGACGCCGUGCGCGCGUGGCUCGACGGCCCGGACGACCGCGUCGGCGACCUGGACCUGCCGCGCGUCUUCGUCUACCCGUUCCCGCCCGCGUUCGCGGACAUGCGCGCCGUGCUCUCGGCGGUCCCGGGCGUCAAGAAGCUGCCCCCGAACGCGUCCUACUUCGACUUCGCCGGCGGCCUCAUGGGCGAGAACCGCCGGAACGAGACGUGGUCCGCGCGCGAUAGCCACGGCUCCGCGCGCAAUAUCCACGGCUCCGAGUGGCGGCCGUCGGCCGCGGGCGUCGGCCGCUACAAGGCGGCGACGGCCGGCGCGCCCUGCGACGAAUCCAUCCCCGGGUCCUGCGUCCACGCGGGCUUCUCGCAGCACGCGCUGGGGUUGACGAUCCACCGGUCGCUCUUCGAAAACUAUCCAAACCGCGUCGACGACCCGAAGGAAGCGGACCUCUUCUUCAUCCCGGACCACUUCAUCGACACGACGCUCCAGCGCCAGAAGCUCACGCGGGAGCAGUGGUGCCGCGCCGUCGGCCCGAUCUGGCGCGACCACCUGCGGACGUUCCACGACGGCGCGACGUCGUACCUCCGGCGCAACGGGCGCCGCGACCACUUCUUCGUCGUGGGCCGCGCCUGGCACCUCGCCGGCGACCGCAAGAAGAAGGACCAGCUGCGCCAGCUCGAGCAGUACGGCGCGCUCGAGGACUGCGCCUACCGGUGGAGCGGGUUCCGCGGCGCGCAGCGCCUCGUGCUCGAGUCGCAGUACGACUUCAACCGCCUCUGCGCGAGCGUCCACCCGCUGCCCUACCAGAGCUUCCUCCCCUACGCCUCUUCGAAGACCUGGGGCGACGCCUGGUUCGGGGCCGGCGACCGGCGCUGGCUCGCGUCGGGCUUCUUCUCGGUCUGGGACAAGGACGCGCUCACGGACCCGUCGGGCGCGCGCGAGGCGUUCCACGACGCCUGCGACGCCUGGGACGCCUGCCGCCUGUCCCUGCCCGCGGCGGGCUACUACGAGGCGGCCUACCGCAACUCGACCUUCGCGCUCCAGCCCUGCGGCCACAGCGCGGUCCGCAAGGGCAUCGUCGACAGCCUCUUGGCCGGCGCGAUCCCCGUGCUGUCGUCGUCGGAGCCCCGGAGCCACAGCUACGUCAGCGCCAAGGACCAGCGCGACGUCUGGCCCUGGAACUGGCCUUCUCAGGGCGCGACGUCGAUCAUUUUGGACGUCCGGGAGCUGCCGCGCCUCGCGGAGAUUCUGUCGCGCGUCGACUCCGAGCAGGUCGCCCUCAUGCGGCGGGCCAUAUCGCGCGUCGCCGCGGGGCUCGCGUGGCCGCUCUUCCCCGACGCGGCCGUCGGCGACCCCGACCGGCGGCCGAACGCGCUCGACCUCGCCAUGCACCACCUCCACGUCGCCGUCCGCGCGUCGGCAACGGACGACGCGAAGGGCCGCUGCCGUGAGUACGCGGAGGCCGCGCUCGAGGGGGAGGGGGACGGCUUCGCGCUCUACGAGAAGCAGCAGGCCCUCGUCGACGCGUUCGCCGAGUCCCUCGCGGCGACGAAGAGCGCGGCCAUCAUGGCCACGAAGCCCUCGUCGCAGAGGUCGUGGGACGGCGGCUUCGGCGCGAAGAGCCGGUCCGCGUACGCGUCGUAUUUGUCGUCGUCGCCGAACAGGGCCUCGCGGAUGGGCGACGAGUCGCGCGCCCAGACGCCCGUGGGCGCGAAGCAGGCGAAGCCCCGGCCGAGCUGCGGGAGCACGUCGCCCAGGGGCGUGCCGCCGAAGGCGGGCAGGGGCAGCAACGGCACCAUGAGGAACCCGAGGAAGACCUGCAGGCCCGAGAUCACCGUCGCGCUCGGCAGGAUGCCCACCGUGAAGACGAGCGCGCCCGCCCACGUCGUCGACGCGUCGCCCUUGCCGCCCGCGGACGACACGGCCCAGCACGCGCCCGCGAGGAUGAUCGCCGCGCCGGAGAUCUGGCGCGGCGAGUUCUGGACGGCGCCGGCGGUGUUCGCGCCGCCGAUCGUCGAGCAGACGCUGGACACGCUGUCGAGCAUGGCCAUGAUGACGAUCUGGUGCCAGCCGAAGCAGGCGCGCUGCGUCUUGAGGAAGGUCGGCUCGCGGUAG